AUGCCCCGCCGCCUCGACGUCCUGUGGCCCGAGCCCAAUGCGCUCGUAGACUACGAGAGCCGUGCGUACCUCUUAGGCUGGCAUCUGCAGAGCAAUCUCGUCUGCGUUGCGGCCAUCGUGCCCGUUGACCGUUAUCCGCUCGCCGUGCUUCAAAGCGAGAUUGACAAGUGGUCGGCCGACCUCCAGCGCCGCAACAAGGUGGAGGCUGCGCAUGCAGCCAAGCCCGCGCUCAUGGUGCUCGGCGAAGUGCGCCCUGCCACGACCGCCGCCGACGAGACGACCGAGCCGGACGCAGCCGCGUUGCGCCAGCGCGGCAAGCCCAGCGGCGCCAAGCCGCAGCACCUCCAGAGUCUGUGGCUCAACGUGGUCUGGGACUUCAACAGGACGCCGGUCAUCCACGUCGUCUCGGAGCACGGCCAGGUCGUCGGCUGCGAGCUCUGCCACGUCAUUCUGUACGACGCGUCGUUCCCGGGCCGGUUCCGCCAUUUUGUCAUCAAAAAGCGCCAGCGCCAGGUCGACGACGAGUCGAUGGACACGCCGUUCCAGCACGCGAUCGCCCAGCUCAACGAUGCACACUUGGUACAGGAGCGCUUCCUUGGGCUACCGCCCCGCUCGUCCUACGUCGGUCGUUUCAAGGCGCUUGUGCUCUGGCCGUUCCUCUUCUUUUUUGUGCUCUGUCGGCCCGUCUUCAAUGCGAUCGCAUGGGUGCUCAACACCCCCGUGCCCGAGCGCUUUCCCAUCGUAAAAGGUCGCUCCAUCAAGUCGUUUUCACUCUUCUUCCGGCUCUUGAACCGCAGAGUGAUCCUCCUCGCCAACAUCACCGAGCAGUGCAUCAAGUUCAACCACAUGCAGCAUUCGGUGCUUCCGUUCCAUCCCCUCGAAAACCGAUAUGCCGAAUUCGUGAGCGACCUCUUCCUUCUCGUUCUCGACUUUAUCGCGGGCUAUCACUACGGUCACCUCGUACCGCUCGCAAUCGCCUAUUUCCAGUCGUCCUGCAGCGGGCACUUUAACGUGCUCAAGUCCCAAGUCACGUGGCUCAUCGACUCGCCUGCGGGCUUCAAGAUCAACGUGGCCCUGGCAUCGAUCCUCGGCAAGGGCGUCCACCUCAUGGUCGACGUCGCGCAAUAUGCCAUCGAGUCGGUGACACCGUUCUUGGCGACGCUGCUUCAGGUCGCUGGUUUGGCGAGCUUGUUUGGCUUGACUGUCCAGCUCGGGCUUCUCUACGACACGAUCGAGUACCUCACGCUGCAGACGUACUACUUGUACUUGUACUUCUCCAAGCUGCACCGCGUCCAGUUUGACUUGCUCUCGUCGCUCUGGAAGCUCUUCCUCGGGAAAAAAAAAAACGUAUUGCGCAAUCGCGUCGACUCGUGCGAGUACGACGUCAACCAGCUCUUGAUUGGCACGCUCCUCUUUACGAUUCUGUUUUUCGUUGUCGCGACCAACUCGGUCUUUUACCUCUACUUUUGCCUCGCUCGCUUUGUCGUGCUGUGCCUCCAGACGUGCGUCUGGUGCCCCAUCGUCCUCUGCCACGUCAUUCCGCUCUACUCGAUCAGUCUCUGGCUCGAAGACGCAUUCCAUUUCCCCAUGGACGUCUACCUCCAGCCGCUCUCGCACGCCCGCGCACUCUCGAUCUCGUUUCCGAAUGUACACACCAAGGACUGCUUUGUCGGCGACGACUUUGACGCGACCGAUACGAGCCGCCAAAGCAGCGACGCCGCCAAGCCCAUUAGCACCGCGGUCUUUACACUACAUCCGCUGGCGUACUCGUUUGGCGCGCUGUUUUCCCGGUGCAGCGCGUACUUUGGCGCGCUCGGGUCGCACUACACGGUGGGCAAGUUUCUUCGGUGCUUCUUCCUUGGCGAGUACAUUCCGGCGCUGCCGUUCGCCAAGACGCCGCUGUGCCACCUCCCGUUUCCGCCGUCGUCUGCGUUCAUGUCGACCAAAGAAUUAUGGGACGGUCUGCGCGCGUGCCAGUGGUAG